GUGAGGAAGAGCCAUGUCACGUGGUCAAGGGAACUUCAGCUACACAGCCGUCCCGUCGCCCUCUGAUAGCCUGUGUGGGAAGCUCAUUCACCAGACCUCGGACAGUGUGUCAGAGACAUUGUCAGAUAUGUUAAGUACAGAUGAAUCAAAUAGUGGCAUGUCGUCAGCAGACCUCAACGCGUGGGAUCCUGACGCCGCCAGAUUGCUGAAAGUGGUGGAUAACGAAUCUCUGGAAGGCCUUAAAGCUCUCUUGGUUGCAGGCGUGCAUAUCAAUGGCCAUGGAGGCUCGUUCCAUGAAACAGCCCUUCACCGUGCGGCACAGUUACGGUGGACAGCCGGGCUUAGUUACCUGCUGUCGGCAGGGGCAUCGGUGUAUGCCAAGAAUCAGUUUGGACAGACGCCCCUGCACUACGCAGCGGCGUCGCAAUCGACUGCAUGCAUUAAGCUGCUUCUCUCCUCCGGGCGGCCAGGAGUCGUGGAUCACCGGGACAUGCGAGGACAUACGCCUCUGCAUGAUGCCAGUGCAUCAGGGUGCGUUGAAGCUAUUGCAGUCUUGCUCAAGGCAGGGGCUCUGGUGCGCGCCAAGGAUGCGAACGGAGAAACGCCGCUUCACAAGGCAGCGAAAGCGCGCUCGAUUCCCUCGAUGGUGGCGCUCCUCAACGCAGGAGCCGAUCUAGCAGCCGUUGAUGACAAUGGUGAAAGCGUGCUAUCCUAUAUCCUGCAUCAUCUCCCGGGCACCAUGGAUGCGGUCUUUGACCACUGCCUGGUCACAAAUUCUCCCAAAAUUAAUACAAAGACUUUAGAAGUGUCUCUGAACUUUUUGCCUCUUACCUGUUCAUUCGAGAAGAAUCAGGUACAAAACCUACAGUCAUUUGUGGACAUGGGUCAAGCAAAGCUCCUGAGCCAUCCUCUUUGUGAAGCCUUUCUUCUUCUGAAGUGGAUGAAUGUGCGGAGAUUAUUUUUAAUAGAAGUUGUCUUUUAUUUUAUUUAUGCAGUGCUGACCACCAUUCUGACCUUCAACAAAUUUGUGUGGACUACGAGUCACACUAACGUUAGUGCCCUCGUAGAGGAGCGAGGCCAGGAAUGGAAGGAGUGGGGUGAAUCUCAUGUGCAGGGCGAGUGGGGGCUAUCAGCUAUUCCAGAUGAAGCUGACCAGGUUCUCAAAGGUUUGGUGAUAUUUCAGACAGUCUUAAUCCUCCUACAACAAAUGCUAUCCCUUAUGCAGAAUAAGCUAGCAUGGUUCCGAUCACUUUCUGGCAUCCUCCAUGUGAUGAUAACUCUUCUCGUUCUGCUAGUCGUGCCUGUUUCGGUGCCAAAGGAAUGGCAACACCAUCUGGCCACAUGGAUGCUCCUGUUAAUGUGGACCGAGUGCAUGGUGCUUAUCGGACGAUUUCCAAACUGUGGCAUAUAUGUCGUCAUGUUUACCAGAGUGGCCAAGGUCUUUGUUCGUAUAUUUGCUAUAUACUUUUGCCUCCUUCUUGCAUUUUCGUCUGCGUUCUAUGUUGCUCUCCAUUAUGCCAAGGACCCUGGCGCAGGAAACCAAGAGAACCAGGUAUUCACCAAUCCAGUCUUGACAUUCACCAAGACACUUACCAUGAUGAUCGGUGAACUAGACUUUCAAGAUGAUUUUGUAGUUGGGUUAUCACACUUAGUUGCAACUGGACAUAUUAUAUUUUUGUUCUUUGUCAUCCUCGUCUCCAUCAUCCUCUCCAAUCUUCUGGUGGCUCUUGCAGUCAAUGACGUUCAGGGUUUAAGGAACUCGGCUCAUCUGGAGAGGCUUAUAAAGCAAACAGAGCUGGUAUUUCAGAUGGAAAAGAACUUCUCCACAACAUCAUACCUCGGGUCUCACAUCAAGAUUCCCAAAUUGCGAGAAAUGCUGACAAAGGUUUCCUAUAUAUGCAAACAUGAUUGCUACAAUUCACGUGCUUUUGUUCUUCCGAACCAUCCAAAAAAGGCAAAUAGACUUUACAUGGUGGAGAAUAAGAAAUGCAUAGAUGUAGCCCUGCCGUCUUUUCUGAAAACCAACAUCAUUGAGUGCCUAAGAGCUCGAGAGACCGAGUCCGCCGACAACAAGGGCAGCGUCCGUGCCAGGAAGGGCAGUAGGAUUCGCCGAGGAGAGUACCACCGCAACGAGCAGCAAGACCUGAAGGUCAGCAUCAAGGAACUCGAGGCCAACAUGGCUGAAAUUAUGAGUGAAAAGGUCGACGAGAUAACAGAGACAUACGGCAAUCUCACUAAGAGGAUAACGAGUCUUGAGGAAAGACUGGAGAAUUUAAUUAAUCUGUUGAACAAAAACACAAAUGGUGAAAAUCCAAACCCUAGUCAGACUGAAUAAUUGAUUUAGCCUGUUUUAUUUGGUAUAUUUUUUGAAAUAGAGGUAUUUAGUGCCAAGGGGUUGUAAUAUUACCCACAGUAUUUUCAACGUUAUAUACGAUUCUGUUAUGGAGAAAACGUGUAUGUGUGUAUUUAUAGAGCAGUGGAGUAUUUAUUCUCUGUGAUACCUUUUAUAGGAUCUUAUGUCUCCUGUAAAUCAGGUGCAUAGGUUGUGGUGAUUCCUGUAAUCAUUAUACAUCUGUAACUAAAACAUCACUUCCAGAGUUGUAUAGAGCUUAUGAUAAUGCUUGAGGACUGGUUUCUAAUUAAUCUGUGAUAAGUUUUUGAAGGUAUUUUGUUAUUUUUAAAGUCAUUCUUCCCUUUCCAUAAUAUUCUCAUGAUAUUAUAAAACUGAAAGUGAUAUCUAAAUAUAAUUCAGAAACUGAAGUGUACUGUCAUUGUGAGAAGUUUUAUAUUGUAAUGCUGUAUAUGAUAACAUUACCUAGAAUAGUAGGUAAUAUUUGAGUAUAAGAAUUUACUGUAUAGACUUGGGACGUUUACAAGAUAGCCAUAUUAAUCUUAGAUAGUGUCAGUGGAAUCGUUGGGUAUUUUAAUUUCAAUCCUAACUUAGAAUCGACACGUAAGUAUAUUAUUGAAGAAGGUCGCCAACAGUCUCUAUGCUAAAAAUGUUAAGGUUAAUAUUUUAUUUUACCAUCUUGCAGGUUUAAUAUUAGAAAUAACACUUGUAUAAAACCGCCCUUGUUAAGUAUUUAAUUCUUGUAUUUGCUAGUGUUAGUGGACAACAUAUACCUGUACAGCACUGUGUCUUUAACAAUAAGUUUUACCAUAUCACCUUAGCAUCCUGCUUUAUUGUGUAGGCAUGAAAGUCAGGGUAUCAUUACUCUUUGGUAAGCCUAAGGAGAAAACUGUGUCAUGUCGAUAACGAUGGUUUAUGAUAAUGUUUAUCAAACUACAAAAUAUGUACAGCUCAGGCAGGGUCCUCAGUCCAUAAAAUAUAUAAAAAUAACAGAUUCUCAGAUUGAGUUAAGACCUGCAGUUAUAGAGAUGUGAACUUUUACCUGAGUAUAAUAUAUAUGGAUUGCAAGGUUCAUAAAUUGUAAAAUGACAUACCCUGUAUAAGUAUGGUUUAAUUUGUAAUACUUUUCAGCUAGAUAGAUGUAGGUUUGGACAUUCAUGUAUCUGGCUUGUCUUUAUACUCAUUGAUAAAUUGAUAAUUCUACAGAUUAUAAAAGUCAGAUGAUGUUACUUGACUUAAAACUGUGAACGUCAAGGACCGAGAGAAGACUUCAGGACCCGGUGCCUGGAAAUGCACAUUGCAAAAUAAUAAUGUAACGCAACACAUCUGUAUGUUGCAGUUCUUACAGUUAGUCAAUGAAAUAUAGAUGAAUAUUCAUUCUUACUGUUAAUCGUUGGCAUAGCGUAAAAAUAAGACAUUCGUGUGUUUAAACCUUCUUAGAGAUUAUGUAAAAACUCAAGUAAUAGUUCCGAUAGAGCAAAGUAGACGUUUUUAUUAUAUUGUACCUGACUUAAGUGGGAACCCUUUUUCAACAAUAUAAGUGUAACUAUUGAUAACUGAUUAUUGCUACAGCUAUUUAGCAGUGAUAACAAAAGAUAUUUGGAUAUAAGAUAGGUGCAAUGCAACAUCUGCAAUGACGCUUUCCUGUUUCUCUGCAUCCAUAUCUGAUUUUUCCAAUCCUCAGGGCUUAUUAUUAUCAGUAGGAAGAAGAAGUGCCGGUGUAAUCACCCUGUGGCUAGCCCAGGGACAGUGAUCAGCGAAUUCUUCAGUGAAAUGUUCAGUGAAUUAUUCUUGAAUUUACUCCAAUUCCAGAGUGGAGCAAAGCAAAACAUGGUAAUUACAAAAUAAAAGUCGACUGUUCGAGUUUGUAGGAGAGGUUACCGAACAGCAUAAAGAGAUUAGAUGAGCUUCAAAAUUCCAGAGGAAUAACAAGCAGCAACAUGGAAGUUUAUAUGCUAACAUGAAACGAAAGAUAUCAAGAGUAUUAUGAAUAUUGUAAAAUGAUUUAAUCCACGGAUAUGCACCUGGGAUAUUUUGAGUGGAAGAUAAUAAAAUAUAAUUCACACAUGAUGAUAUUAUAAUCAUGUGCGUAAUAUUACUACAUUGUUCAUAAAAAAAAACUAAUGCAGGGACGAUAGAUGUAGGAAAAAUAAAAUCUUCCUAAUAGAAAUAGAUUAAGCUCAUCUGUGUCAUUUGCUGUUAGCGUAAUAAUGAUGAUGCGACUUAAUGGAUGUUGUCAACCAAAUCUCUUGGUAAAUGGUUUUGGGCAGUUAUUAGAAUAUCAUACUUCUUCCUUUAUAAAAUUACGUUAUUGUUCAUUGCUGAUGAAUCUCGUUCUGAAAUCUGCCCAGUAUAUGUUGCACUGAAAUCAGAAUGUCAUAAGACAGCAGAAUGUGAUGUGAAUACAGGAAGGUAUGUAUUUCAUUAAAAAAGAUAUAUAUUAUAUCACAAACACCUAUUUUUUAGGGAACAUAUAUCAUUCCGUCUAUAAAAAAAUGUAAAGUGGACACAAACGUUCACAUUUUUUCUAUAUUGUGCUGUGCAUGAAUGGUAUAUAGUCUGUGGGACUGUUAUUUGUUCUGUUGAAUUGCUGUGUAGGACAUACCGGCAUGCCUUAUGUGGACCCACCACAUAUAAUGAUUCUCUGUUAAUUGUUAUGUAAAUAUUGUUCUCUGUAUUAUUUUAAAUAAAUCGUUAUAUAAGCUGGGAAUUAAAUUUAAAUGUGAUA